UAUGGACCUUACACGCCAUCUCUACUGAGAUCGACGACCCCAAUUUACUCAUCCGCAGGCACUAUAUUACUUGCGGUGCUCUCUACAGUACUUGAGAAUUAACCGCCUAAGAGUCGUCGAAAAAGGUCAAAUUUCAAAAUACGAAAUCUCAACAGAAACGGAUUGAGACAUCGCGAGUUAUAAGUGAAUUGGGCUUUUGCAAAUUCUCUGUUUAGGCUCGUGUUAGGGUCGCGGAUGGAGAACCACCGGAGCAGCAAUUGCGGCGGCCGCGGCGAUGGUGAAGCUUCUAAGUGUAAAGUGAAGCUGAUGUGCAGUUACGGCGGCAAGAUUCAGCAGCGGCAGCGGGACAAUCAGCUUGCCUACGUUGGCGGCGACACCAAAAUUCUGACCGUCGAUCGCAAAAUCAGGUUUUCAGAGAUUUUCUCGAAGCUGAGCGCUCUCUGCAAUUGCGGCGAUAAUGGAGAGCUAUGCAUGAAGUAUCAGUUGCCCGGAGAGGAUCUCGAUGCUCUGGUCUCCUUGAUCGACGACGAUGACGUGGAGCAGAUGAUGGUUGAGUACGAACGCAUGCACAGGGUUUCCACCAAGCCUGCCCGUCUGAGGCUCUUCCUGUUCAACCCGAAUCGCCAUGUGAAACCGGAAUCGGAGCCCCCGCUGAACCCGGAUUUCCUGUUCGGAUUUGAUAAGGAUUACCAGCCCAGUAUCACGCCAACUAAGCAAGACCUUCUCCAAUUGCAAAUCCCUGGAAUGUCUGCACCAGAGAGUCUAGCCCCGAAAACCCAAAAGGAAAAAGAUGGUGCUGUACCCGGGAACUAUGGAUCGGGUACAAACAAGCUGAUGGUCCUGCAGAGUCAUCUCCCACCACACCUACAAGGGUUUCCCGAACCCCACGUGACCAGUGGUGUAGUGUAUCCGAAUGGGUUGAAAAUGGUAUAUGGUUUGCCCGUACUGGCCGAAGGGUAUCACACCGGGAACCUAGGGCGGUUCAGUGUGGUGGCCGGCGGUGGUCAAAACCGGGAAACCCCGAUUUACAAUGUUUUCCCGAGGAUGCCAUCUGUUUCUGUUCUGGAGCACAAUCAGUCUACUGGGGAAAUGCUGAAUCACCCGAUCAAUGUGGAUCAACCUAUAGGCUAAAGGUUUCUAAUUUCUAUAAUCAUUCUAUAUUAGGUUCUCAACCAUUUUACUGUUUUCCAGGUGUUUUCUCCAUGAGAGGGUACUGUGUAAGUAGAUACAACUAGUGGGUAUUUAUAUUAUUGGUUUAUUAUUUUUGCCUUUUCAGUUUGUGGAAACCCGUGAUUCAUAUUCUUUGUUAAUUAAUUAAAGAAUUAAAGGUGUUUGUUUUGUGUACAAUAUUCAAUGAGUACAAU